CGUCCCCGUCGCAUCCGUCGUUCAUUCGGACUCGCUUUCGCGCUAACUUCACAAGAAUCCCAAGAGUCCCCUGCAACCGUCAGAUCAAAUGUGCGUGGUCCGGGCCGACAGGAGGAGGACGCCCCCUCCCGCCCUAGACUGUCUAGCCUAGUCGUCAUGCUCAUGCGAGUCCCGCUUCGCCUUUUGGAUAGCGCGUCGUUCCGCCUGUUCUGGCCCACCAUGCUUCGGCGCGACACGCGAUCCAUUCCCCCAGUCCAAAGCGUCAGCGCCCCGAGCCCUCCCGAGCCUCCCGCCGCGCGGAGCCGAACGACGCGCAGUGCAAGCAGGGGGGGAAGACGAAAACCCAGAACCUUGCAUUUGUGUAUAUUUUUUGGUGUGUCCCUGGGCGCCUUCAGCCUAUUCCCACUGCAAGGCACAUCCCUGCCGGACACCUUCGCCUCCAUGACCGCGGCCGUCCAGGAGGCCACCGCCGACAACAGCAUCGGCAACGUCACUGGCAGCAACUCCGUCAACGUGUUCCUGGGGCUCGGCAUGCCGUGGUGCAUCGGCUCCCUGUAUUGGUACUUCACGGGCGUAGACAUCCUCGACGACUCUGACCCCUGGGUGGUGCACGGCAAGAAGGUUGGCUGGUGGGAUGAGCUGCCCGAGAUCAAGGAGGAGUGGCCGGCCACCUUCGUCGUUCCCGCCGAGUCGCUCGGCAUGAGUGUGACGAUCUUCACCGUGUGCGCGCUGAUAUGCCUCGCCCUGCUGGUUGCUCGAAGAUGUCUCCUAG